GACACAGAGGUGGACGCGGUCUAUCCGAACUGAGAGAGCAGACAACCUGCAAAGUGCGCAGUGACAGAGACACACACACGCGCGCACGACAACAACAAAAAGAGGGCAAAUUAGACAAGUUGUGUGUGGGACGAGUAUCUAGCGCGCGGUCUUCUUUUUUUCACGUCAUCCUGGUCAAUGCUCCAGUUGCACAUACGAGUCGGCUACAAGUUUCCAAUGGACAGACACUUGGAGAAGGCUGGCGCGACAAGCAUGGGAUUAUUUUUGUAAUGUGGAUUGCUAUUCUUUUGCAGGAAAAUAAAGGUCCGUUGCGGAACAAUGUGGGACGUUUUGCGUCUUGGAUUCUCGUUUUUCUGGAUAUCUUGAAAAUCAUUGGCAACAGUUGAGAAGGAAGAAGUUAUGCGCGAAGGAUUGUAUGUUCCGACCCCCGGGACCAUCAUGGAUUUGCCUCGAGAAUUCCCUGCCCCUUAUUUAGAGAAGUUUUAGCCGGUCCACUUGUGUUGUUGCUAUUUCACUUUUUUUUGUUGGUUUGUUUGUUGUGGUUGUAAACUUCAUGCUUGAGAACAAAUCGCCACUUUGGCUUCUUGGAUUUUAAAAAAAAACGUCGCCUUGCCUUUUGGAUUGGAUUUCCAACACCAUGAACAUUAUUGACAGUUUGACACUAUUAUUUUUGACGCUGUCAGCUGUCAAGAGCGCGCACAUACCGAAGGGAACAGAAAGAGGUCCACAUGACGUGAUCCCUUUAAUGGAGGUGUACAACAAGAGUUUGUGUCAGCCUCGGGAGCUGCUGGUGGAGAUUCUGCAGGAGUAUCCGGAGGAGGUGGAGCACAUCUUCAUCCCGUCCUGCGUGGUGUUGACGCGCUGCGCCGGCUGCUGCAACGAUGAGAUGCUGCAGUGCACGCCGACGUCCACCCACAACGUCACCAUGGAGAUAAAAAGAAUAAAACCCCAAAGGCAACAAAAUGAUAUUUUCAUGAGUUUUACAGAACACAGCGCAUGUGAGUGUAGGUUAAAGAAAGAAGCAAAAGAACAGAAAGAAAAAAAAUCCCGGAAAGGCAAGGGUAAAGGCCAAAAGAGAAAACGAAAGAAAAACCGCGACAAAACAAUUCACGAUGCUGUUUGUGAGCCAUGUUGCGAUCACUGCUCGGGGAGGAGAAAGCGCUUGUUCUUGCAAGAUCCAGCAACCUGCCGGUGCUCCUGCAAGCACACAGAUGAAUACUGUAAAGAUCGCCAGCUCGAGCUCAACGAGAGGACCUGCAAAUGUGACAAGCCAAGGAGAUGAGAGGUGGCAGCACCAGAUGUACAAGAUGAAGGAAUAUUCUAGAUAUUUCACAGCACAGCACUUUGACCUUUGAACCGUAAGCUCUUCUUUUCUGUGGAAAGCAUUCCCCUUGGACUGUCUUGAGAGCGAACAAUAAGAAAGACUGAACUGAAGUUUCCUCCCACCGUGUAUCUGUGUGUGUAUAUAGACCAUGAAAAAAAAGAAGAAGAAGAAAAAAAAGAGGAAAAAAAAGAGUACAGAAUUGUUAUGCUGCUACAAAAACAAAUAACUACCCAUCAUUUGACAAAAUAUGGUUUUGCAUUUCUAACAGGCUUGUGAUGCAGGUGUCGUCUUGUUCUCAAUUCAUUGUAUGCAAUUACUUCACUGGAUAUGAGUCUCUACUGUGGUUGUGUGUCAGUCGUAAAAAUUGCAAAACCUCUCAAUUUAAGAUAUAUUUAACUGGUAAAACAGCGAGUAAGGCUGACGAGGACAUGGGAGCGCACUCUUCUUUCAAGAAUGAUGGAUGGAUUUUCUUUGGUCGAUUUCUACUUUUGCUUUUGGAGUAUAAACAGCAGGACAACCGGGACAGUUGAAUCCGUCUUUACGUGACAAUGCAGGACUGACGUGGACUUACACAAUGUCACCAUUGUGAUCAGCCUGCAGAAGAAGAGACUCCGGCGUGCCAUAUACUUUUAAAGGGAUACUGGUUGUUGAUAUAGCAUCUACUGUUUUGCUAUGUCCGACAUGAAAACCACUGUAAACAUCCUAUACUGUAGUUUGAUUCCAUUUGAAAAAACUGUGCCUCGCAAAAAUGUACUGAGAAAUCUUCCGAGUGCUUUCUUAAAUUAUUUUUUUGUUUCCUUUUUCAGGAGAGGGGAUUGUCAAAGUAGUUUUGUUAGUUGUAAAAGUCAAAACAGAACCCAUUGAUUACAUAUCUUCAUCUCUGAACUUGUACAUACUUAAUAUCCCUUUAUGCCUUAGUCCAUUCUAGAUAAUUUAUAAAGUUAUAGAAAAGAGUAUUUUUCAGUAUUCAGUCUUUUACCCAUAUUUAAUUUGGUCUAUUUAUAUAUGCAGUGUUAUGUACCUGUGGCUGUCCUAUCUCUCCCCAUGUGUAAGGUCACUGAUGGCUUCUCUCAGCAUGGAGCCUCUCUGCGCUUUUCUACGAAACCAACUAAAAAAAACAAGUCAAAAAACGAUUUGUUAACAUUCCCUAAAUGGAUCAUUUGUACUGGUGUACCGAUGACGUCUCCUCUGGAUUGUUUCAACCCCUCUUAUCUAAGGGUGUGGGUGCUGUGUAGGAUUUUAACAUGCUGUGCGUUUGUGAAAAUGUGUGUGUUCGCGUGCAUUUGUCAAUGCGCACAUAUGUAUGGAGGUAGCGGACCUGUGUUAUGUCCGUCCUGCAAGAUGCAAAUAUACGAAUAAACUACUGCUAGCAGCUCCGCAUACACUACCACGACAACACCACCGUUUUGAAUUUGGAUAACAAUCUGCAUCCUGUCAUAGAGCCCUCAUUAUUAGUUCUCUUUGUCUCUCCUUCACUAUUAACAUGUUUUCUGUGUCUAUGUAAAACAGUAAAGCAUAUUUAUUUUCAAAUUAUAUUGUUUUUUAUAUAAAAUAAGGAAAAGGUU